AUGAAACAACUCAAUAUUAGAAUAACACUAGUUUUUGUCUAUUUUCUUCUCUAUGCAAACGCUCAAGACCAAUUUCUCAGUGAGUUUCUGAAGCUUUUUAUUUUGCGAAGAUUUCUAAUUUUUUAAUUCAGGUCAAUAUGAUUUACCAACUCUAGAUGUGAAAUCAGAUCAGCUUUAUCUUCACAAAAAAUUACCAACCAACCUCACAUGUACUGUAGGUGCUGGUUGGUCAAAUAUCCAUGUGAAUAAAGUAACCUGGUAUAAAGAUGAAGUUAUUUUACCACCAGAUAACCCGGAUUAUCAACAAGCUCAGACAAAGUAAGUUUCUAUUUGGAAAACUCCCAAAAUAAAUCCAUUUUUUCUCAAGCUUGUCAAUUCUUGGCAUAAAACAACAAAACGAAGGGCUGUAUCAAUGCAAAGUUGAGUUGAGUAAUGUCAAAUUAUCAAACGGCAAAAUCAUUUCAACAACUUUGAUGUCAGCUCCGUUGAGAAUGCGAAGAGCAAGGCUCACCAAAUUUGACACAAUGAACAUUCAUGUGAGUUUUUUCUUUUUUACUAGCGUGACACUUGACAAGUUUUCCGAGCAAUUUUUUUCGUCGUUUUUUUUCUUUUUGCUAUUUUAAAAUUGAAUACAUACAUACAUAGUAAAAAAAUGGAAAUAGGAGAUAUGGAACUUAUGUGAAACAUAUGUUGCUGUUGAAGAAAGAAAUUUGAACCCGGCCCAUUGAUUUCAACUAAUUGUAGAUACAUAAACACAACAAGAUGUUAGUUAAGAUACUAUUGCUUGAGCGAAGCAACAGACUCAUUUUGGUGCGGGUAAGAGGAACAUUUUAUUAUAUUAUAAUAUACAUACAUAUCCUUACAACCAUCUGUCUCGGCGUCUCUUUUGUUGAUGCCUGCUCUGGGUAAACAUCAAAUUAUUAUGUGGUAGAAGAACUGGGUUGGGUGUUCCUGCUUGCGCAUAUUUAUAUGUAUGCAGUAAUGAAAAUUGAAUAAUGAAUAGGGGAUCGUAUGACAAUACGAAUGAACAAUGAACUCGGUGGAUUUGAUUAACAGAAUUUGGUUUGGAUGUUUGUGUUUUCUUAAUGGGAAAAUGUCAUGUAGAAGAGAAAGAAAGAAUCACUACAGUAGACUUCUGUUUUUUUGUUUGAUGGAAAAUAAUUCACAAUCAAAAAAACUGUCUAAUUUUCAGGGUGGCGUCACUGUUAGUGAAAUGGAAGUGGCUAGACUUCCUUGCACUGGAAUGCCAGAUAUUGUACCCGGACCACCAAAGAUUUGUUUCCAAAGAAUGGGAUCAAAUGAAUGUUUGGGAGAUGGAGGCAAAAGUGAGUUUUUUUUCAAAUUUCAUUCCAUUCCCAAUCCCUCCAUUUCUAGAUGAUACGAAAUAUUUGAUGACAAACAGUGGAAUGCAAAUUUCGUUGGUUCAACCAUCUGACUCUGGAUUCUAUCAUUGUGUAGUCACAAAUCUAUAUUUGAAUUUGACACGAGUCUCACCAAAUCCAGUUUUAUUAUAUGUUCGAGAAAUGAAUCAUACAGCAAAGACUGAUGCUUCCAGUUUGACUCCAACAUUAAUCUAUCCAGUCUCGAAUUCAUCUCUCGAUUCUCCGAUUGUAGUGGAUGUGACUGAAGGAGAUGAAGUAAUUUUGGAAUGUGUUAUGUCGAUGGCAAAAGUGAUUUGGCAUAAAUAUAAAAAUGAAUCGACAUCUCAAAGUGACUUUGAUAUUUAUAAAAAUUCAAGAUAUCAACAAAUUUGGGGAAAUCUUCGGAUCAAAACUGUAGCUACUGUUGAUUCUGGUUUGUAUUCUUGUAUUGGUUUACCAAUGGUUGGCACAGAUAUUGUUUUUGAUGAAAACACAAAACCAAGAGUUAAUUAUAAAGUGAUUGUCCAUGUUAAAACCUAUGGAUAUCCAGUUAUCAGCACCAAUAUUGUGAGUUUUUUUUUUGAAAAACAAACGAAUAUUUAUUGAGAAAAUGUAAUUUUUUUAGUUAUCUUGUCGUGGUGAAAAUAUGGCCUAUGAAAUUCCGAUGCUAUAUCUAAAUGGUAUUCCUGUCAGUCAAUCAGCUGAUCUUUUGGGUGAAGUUAUCAGCACAAGUUUUUACUCCAAUCCAAUUGAAGUCAAAUAUAAACCAACCGAGUUUGGUCUUAGUUUCCAAUGCGCUUCUAGGCCAGCAAUGGAAGAAGCAGAAGUUUAUGGAGAAGGACUAGAAACUGGAAGAUCAAAAAACUAUUACGUUUUUUCGGUAAACCCAAAAAAAUCGAUUGGUGAUGAUAAAAUAACAAUUGAUGUUGGAAAAGAUGCAGUACUACCUUGUGCAAUUGAACCAUACUUUAGAGGUUCAACGUGGUGGACAAAAGAUGGAAGAGAUGUCAGCAUUGUCCACGGAAGAUUCAGUUUAGGAGAAGCUCAUUCAUUACUUAUUCCAAAUGUGACAUUAAAUGAUGAAGGAUGGUAUUCUUGUAAUGUUGGCACAACAAAUCAGAAACCAUUCUACAAAAGAACAUAUCUCAAAGUCACCGAGCCAUUCGUGGUUCGCAAGAAAAAUGAUGAUUUAGAAUUGGAAGAUGUUCACGGAUUUGUGACUGGUAAUUCAGUUCGCCUUCAAUGGGCAGUCUUAGCAGCAGUAACAUCCUUGGCUAAAAUUGCCAAUUUUUCAAUUGAAGCUCAACGAUUUGGAACUAGUGAGAAUGAUUGGUUUGUCAUUGAAACUGUAAAUUCACAUGUGAGAGCAACAACAGUGCAAGGAUUCGAACCAAAUCACAAAUAUAAAAUGCGAAUCAUUGUAGUUCGUGAGGAUGGAAGUACUGUAAUCAGCAAAGAAACUAGUUAUAUGUUUGUCGGAUUUCCAAAUGGUGAUGUUGUUCCAACAAAACCCGAGGUACUUGGAGAAAAAUCCUUAUGAAUAAAAUUAAAAAAACAUAUUUUCAGAUUGACGGAAUUUUUAUGAACAGUCAAAACACUGCUGUAGUUAUGUUUUCACAAAAUGAUGCAAAUAGAAAUGCAACAGGAAGAACAUUUUUCGUGAUAUAUAAAAAAGUUGGAGAAGAAUUACAGCAAAUGGUAGGUUCUUCAUUAUGAUUACCUAAAAAACCUAUUUUUUGCAGACUCAAGUUGAGGGAACUCAAAGAGAAGCGCUCAUCAACAUCAAACUAGAUACAGAUUAUUUGAUCCAUUUGGUGGCUGAAAAUGCGGCUGGUAAAACGAGCAGUCAGGAACAUCUGUUUAAAACAACAAGUGAGUGAUUUUUUAUCUUCGUUUAGUCUUUUUUUUUCAUUUUAUUACCAACCAAGAAAAAUGUUCAUUGUGGACAGAUGUGUUUUUAGCAGUUUGUUUCGGAAAAAGAAUAACUGGCAGUUCGGUUAUUAUUUACCAAGAAGAUUAUUGUACAAGCUAAAAAUACUAGGGGUAAAUAUUGAUUUCCAAAAAAAAUUAGUUGAACUUUCUUCUCAUCUCAAAAUGUAUCAUGUUACAACUCAAAGUGACUGACAUGUUCAGUAACUUUUCAUUUUUUUCUUCUUUUGAGUUUUCUUUUCUGUAGAUAUGAAAAAUUACAAUCAAUCAAAUAAAAAUUUGCAUUUUUCCCGUAGAAGAAACGGAAAAAAUAAAAUUUCCAUAAAUUCGUAUGUUUUUAGUGCUUUCUUAUAUAUUUAUUUUAUAACCUGUGUGAGAGAAAUAUUACACUUUUUGUGAUCUGACAAAUUCUUCAUCAUUAUGUUCCUAUAAUUGUGUUUGUUUUUUCUUUCUCUCCGGAGAUUUUGUUGCUUUUUGUAUAUGUAUCUUUGAUGUUAGUUUUCAUUAUUUCAAUUGUUCUUGAGAAUAAUAGCAUCUAUAUUUUUCAAAAAAAAAAGAGACCAGGUGGUCAAAUGACCUGGAUUUUUUUGGAAAGAUAGAUGAGUUCAUUUUUUGAAAAAAAAAAUCAUUUUUAAUGUGAGUUUCUGAUUCAGGUAACCUUUUAAAUCCCAGUAAGUGGUGUGUUUUAGGUCCUCAAUGAAGACUAGUGAUAUUUACUAAUUCGACUGAGUUGAGAAUGAUUUCAAAGUCAAAAAUUGCUAUUUCGGUCACUUGGAGCACUUACGGAGCUCCGAAUAUUUUCUUUCAAAAGGUUUUCAGCAAACUUUGGUGCAAAGAAUUUCAAAAACCUUUUUUUUCGAAAAAAAAACAUUUUUGAUCUUCUCAAAAUUUUUCAAUUUGCUUUCUCUCGAAACUUUGCAAAAUCAUAUGACUUUUUUUUCAAAAUUUCAAAAAUCAAAUAAAUUCUUCAAAGCAUUAGGUGUUCCUCUUUCAAGUUUGAAACAUCAAAUUUUAAUAAUAAUAAUAAUAUAAAAUAAUCAAUUGUAUGAGCAAUACAAAUGCAUAUUGUGUAAUUCUUUUAUUUUCUGCAGUCUUUUCAUUAUCUGUUAGAUGUAUUAUUUUCCAUCCUUCUACUCUUCCCAUUCAAUUUAUCAUUUUGCCACAAAUACAUUUUUCUUCUUUCUUUUUUUCUCUAUUCACUGAUUCAUUUAUAAUGUCACCUGCUAUGACUCAUUGAUAAAAUGACCGGUUUUGAAUAUAUAUUGCACUUUUUUAGGCUACUUCUGUUCUUGAUCUGUUUUUUUGUUUCUUAUCAUUUCAGGAAGGGUGGGGGAUCUUCUGAUGUUUUGAAUGAAAACAUUUUUCAAUCAAGAAACUUUUGAUAUCAUUUUUCAUUUUUCCAGGAACAGGAAUGUUGCUCCAAGCCAGAGUUUUCUGGGAUUCGAUACAACGAUAUUUAACAUUCAAAAACAUUGCAUUAUUUGGAAUUCUAUUUACUUUAUCUUCAAUGAUGCUGUUGAUUUGUUUUGUGGUAUUUUGUAAUCUACGAUCGGGAAAAGGACGUCAAAAGAGUCAAGCGAACGGAAAAUUUUUGGAUACUUCUUAUCGAAUUUUCAACGAACAAAAAGUGCAUAAAUCUAGAAUUCUAGAUGACACAAUCGAUAAUUUAGAUGGUGAUGAAAACUCGCCAUUGAAAAUAAAAUCAGAAGAAAAUGAUUCGGAUAAAUAUGGCGGAUUUCAUGUGCAAGAAUCAGAUAUGCCAAAUCUAUAUGGAAAUAUUGAUGAUAUGAUGGAUAUUGAGUGUAAUCAAGAUACGUUUCCACAUGAUCCAACUUAUGUUUCUUCUUCGAUUCGUCAAUCAUCUGGACUUGGAUGUGGAUCUCAAGCUGAAAUUCACAAAACAGCGAGAUGUUAUUCACCAGAAAGCAGAACAUCACAUGAAAUGUUGGUUUCUUCAUAUUCAAGAAGUGCUGCGCAUUCAACUGCAAAUAGUUCAUCACCUCAAUUGAAUCAUCCAGGAGGCUCAAUUCAACGAGUAAAAGCCUAUAAUUAUCCAGAUUCAUUAUUAUAUUCACCAGCUGGAACAACUUGUUCGAUUGCAGAAACUACUAGUAGUGGAAUUGGUAUGACACAAAAUCGAUUGAAUUGUGAUUCGCCAACAAAUCCGUGAGUUUUUAUUUUCCAAUAAAAAAAAUCAAAAAAAGAAAACCAUAUCAAUGAAAAACAUUUUUCAGUAGCGAUGAAGGAGACAAUCGAUAUGGUGGCUCAUCACGAAAUAGUCAUAUUUCAUCAUCAGAUGGUUCAAAAGUCAUGUCAAUGGGAACAUUUAAAGGAGGCUCAACAUAUAAUAAUACCUUUGCUGAUACAUUUGAUCGACGUAGAUCGGAAAAUGUUGCAUAA